GUGCUCUCAUCGUCAGAGGAAGACACCGGGACCGAGAGAUGCCGCAGGAAAUCCCGGCGACGACGUAUGUACCGGAAGUCGAGGAGGACGCGCGAAAGGAACGGGAACGUCGGACCGUUCAGGACGGGACCGCGCUGUGGAAACGACGAAAGGAGGAGCUGCAACGUCAGAAACACCGCGAACAGCGUGAACUCCAGCAAAUCUUGGAGAAUUAUUCGCCUUGGGGUAAGCCCGGAGGCGGCGCGCCUUGCGCGGCAACCCUCAGAAAGAAAAACGUGCCUCUGGAACCACCGGAGCCGCCCAAGUGUCAGAAUUUCGGUCAGGGCUGGACGAGCAACUCGACGAUCGAAAGAUUCCAUCGGAGGACCAUCAAUCCCAUGGCCGUUACGGAUAUGAACAGGUUCUUCGACGACAAGGCGGAGCCAGGUAUUGCAACGGACAUGCAGCUGGUGCAGGAUUCCGGGCAUCGGUACAACGAGGAAAUUCAGGUGUACGAGCUGACCGGGGGUGUGGAAUUGGUGCCGCUUUUGACCAGCAGACGUUAUUACUCCCAGCCACAAAGCACUCGUUACGUCGCGACCGAUGCUACGCGUCCUGGAUACACGAUAGACUCAUUACGAGCCCUGGGAGUCGGGAAUCGCGAGUACAUCACGGAGCUCGUCGAGCAAAUGCGAUGGAAACGGGAUCACGCAUUGGAGGAACGACGGAUGGAGCAGGAGAGCUGUCGCAGGCACUUCGAUACAUGGACGCGACUCUGGGGUCGUCCAGGCCACGGCGCACCCAUAGAUCAUGCCCAUCGUAACAAUCUAUACAACAUUCUCCACCGUCCAGCGAUCUAUUGA